GGGGUUUUAAGGGGAGUCUUCCUCUUUAGUCUUUUGCAGUACAAAGACAAUUACAAACCCUAGCGAUUUUUCUAACAAUUGACUCGUUAUCCGACGAGAGUACGAUUAUGGCAACUGCGGAUCUGAAAACGACGAAAUCCGACGCCGAAACUCGAAACAGAGACGAUCCGUCGACGCCGCAGGGAGAUUCGUCGACCAAUUUGCGAGAUCCGGCGGAAUCUGAAGCUCCGAAAGAAGAUUUGAAUCGAUCGAAGGAAGGAGACGAAAUCGAGGAAGAUGAAGACGAUGAAGAGGAAGGCGAGUGCGGGUUUUGCCUGUUCAUGAAAGGAGGUGGUUGCAAGGAAAGCUUUAUAGCGUGGGAAAAUUGCAUAGAGGAAGCUGAGAAGAACGAGGAAGAUAUCGUCACGAAGUGUACGGAGGUCACGGCUUCGCUCAAGAAGUGUAUGGACGCUCACGCCGAUUACUAUGAGCCGAUCCUGAGGGCGGAGAAGGCUGCGCAGGAGGAGGCGAAGAUGGAGUUGGAACGAGAGAAGGCGGAGGAGGAGGCUAAGAAGGAAGCAGAGGGAUCGAAGGGAAACGAGGGUUUGACGGAAUUGGGAAAGAAAGCUGAGUCUUAGGUAACUUUCUGGUCUCUUGUUGAUUUGAUGGCGGACCAACGCUGAAAUUUCGAGGAAUUGUUAGCUAGGAACAAGAUUUUCCUUGUUAGAUUCGUUGAUCUACAAGAUCAACAUAUUGAUCGGCUUUCGUCUCUGAUUAAAAUUAUUGUCUGAGUAAGAAAUAAGUCCAUUGACUGAGAUCAAUUGUUUGGUUGACACUGCAAAUUCAGUUCCAUCUCAAUGAAUACUUCGAUUUUGAUUC